UUGCCGUCAACUUUCUCUGUCUAUCUGCCCCCAUUUCUUCUACUUUCUCUCUCUACAUUCAUUCUCCCGAUCCAGGGAGAGAGAAUACGUCCGCCAUAAAAGAAGCUGAAAUCGCAAAGAAAAAAUAUGUUAUGUAGAAAUUGUAUUAUUAAUACAGUUAUUGCCAGAUUGAAAUUGUUUUGAUUGAUUGAUUGAUUUGUGGAGACGGACAGAUUUCAUGAAUUCAGAGACAUUGCACAAUCAAUAGGCUCCGUGUGCGUAUAGAUUGAGAAAGUGCAAUAAAUAAGGCGGAAUUCCUCGUUUUCAUCAUAUAUAGAGAUAGGCAUUUUAUAUAUUUAUUAGUGGAGGAAAAGGAAGCGGCGUUGAAUUGGGAAAUCCAAUGUGUUGGUCCCGGAAGAGGCCGGGGAAUUGUUGAAUUGCCGCGGUGGCGGAUCUGAUGUUGAGUAGUGGAGCAUUCUGUGUUGUUGCGCAGAGGAAGAAUAAUAAGAAUAAUAGCGGCGGUGGAGACGGCGCCGACGGUGGUGGUGCUGCCCUUUCAUCUAGGGUUGUGGGCGGGGAGGAUUGGAAUUGGAUUCGGCUACGAAUAGAGGUGGUAGCGAACGUGGCGGUUGUGGAGGGAGGAAGAUGCAGCUGCACUUCUCACCUAGCAUGAGAAGUAUAACGAUAUCGAGCAGCAGCGAUGGAGGUUUUGGUGAUUUGAUGAAGAUCAAGCUCGCAGCUCGCCACAUCUCCUACCGAACACUCUUUCAUACCAUACUUAUAUUGGCUUUCUUGUUGCCUUUUGUUUUCAUUCUCACCGCUGUUGUUACCCUUGAAGGUGUCAACAAGUGUUCCUCAUUUGAUUGUUUAGGCAGGAGAUUGGGCCCAAAGCUUCUUGGAAGAACUGAUGAUUCGGGGAGGCUGGUUAAGGAUUUUGUUAAGAUCCUCAAUCAAGUUAGCUCUGAGGAAGUGCCAACUGACUUGAAGCUCCCAGAUUCGUUUAGUCAACUUGUUUCUGAAAUGAAAAAUAAUAAGCACAAUGCAAAGGAGUUUGUACUGAUAUUGAAGGGAAUGAUGGAGAGGUCUCAAAAGGAGAUUAGAGAAUCUAAAUUUUCAGAGUUGAUGAAUAAACACUUUGCUGCAAGUUCAAUACCUAAGGGCAUUCAUUGUCUCUCACUGCGGUUAACUGAUGAGUAUUCCUCUAAUGCUAAUGCACGUAAACAAUUGCCUUCACCAGAGUUACUUCCUUCUCUUUCUGACAACUCAUUACACCAUUUUGUGUUGUCAACUGAUAACAUCCUUGCUGCUUCCGUGGUGGUCGAUUCUGCUGUCCAGUCAUCUCUAAAACCUGAAAAGAUUGUUUUCCAUGUCAUCACUGACAAGAAAACCUAUCCUGGGAUGCACUCUUGGUUUGCUCUAAAUCCUGUCUCUCCUGCUAUUGUUGAAGUAAAAGGUGUUCACCAGUUUGACUGGUUGACAAGAGAGAAUGUUCCAGUGCUUGAAGCUGUGGAGACCCAUAGUGGUAUUCGUAAUUAUUACCAUGGGAAUCAUGUUGCAGGAGCCAAUCUUAGUGAUACUACUCCCCGCUCCUUUGCUUCAAAAUUGCAGACUAGAAGUCCAAAAUAUAUCUCCUUGCUCAACCAUCUUCGCAUAUAUCUUCCUGAGCUUUUUCCAAAUCUAGAGAAAGUGGUUUUCUUAGAUGAUGAUGUUGUAAUUCAGCGUGAUUUAUCUCCAUUAUGGGACAUUGACCUUAAUGGAAAGGUUAAUGGGGCAGUUGAGACCUGUAAAGGUGAGGAUGAGUGGGUCAUGUCAAAGCGAUUCAGAAAUUACUUCAACUUUUCUCAUCCUCUAAUAGCAAAGACCUUAAAUCCUGAUGAUUGUGCCUGGGCUUAUGGUAUGAAUAUCUUUGACUUGUCUGCAUGGAGGAAGGCAGAUAUAAGAGAAACUUAUCACAAAUGGCUCAAGGAGAAUCUGAACUCAAACUUGACAAUGUGGAGGCUUGGAACACUUCCUCCUGCCUUGAUUGCAUUCAAAGGCAACGUCCACCCAAUUGACGCAUCUUGGCACAUGCUUGGUUUGGGCUACCAGAGUAAGACCAAUGUGGAGAAUGUCAAAAAGGCUGCUGUAAUCCACUACAAUGGCCAGUCAAAGCCAUGGUUGGAAAUAGGAUUUGAACAUCUGCGGCCGUUUUGGACCAAAUAUGUGAACUAUUCCAAUGAUUUCAUAAGGAAUUGCCAUAUCUUGGAGUAGACUGAGGUCUACAUGAAGAAAGAGCAGAGAAGUUUUGAAGGCAUGGGUUGGCUCCACUUUUGUUGGUUGCCAAGAGAAUUUUGUCUACUCUAGUCUCUGAUUGGGAAAGAGAUUUGAGCCUUGGCUGGAUUGGUGUAGUAUUCAAGCUUGGAUCUAUGCUCUCCCUCUCUACUGAAGACCUGAGAACCUGCAUCGCUAGCAUGGGUAUGAAAGUCAUUCUUUACGUAUGUAAAAUAUCUGUUCAUCGUCUAUUUUUUGAUUGGACAAAGGACAUUGUUUUGGCAUCUUAGUUUUGCUGUAGCUUAUGACUCUAGUCAUUAGGAAGGAAUAAUGGGGCAUUGCAGAAAGUGGUUGUCACUAUCGCGCAGCCUAAUUUGUGCAGAGAAGAGGAAAGCUUGGUGCAGGUCCUGUUAAACAGCUCCUAUUGUGCCCCCAUUAGACACAGACCAUUCUUUAACUUAAUUCCAUUAUUAUUAUUAUUAUUAUUAUUUCCUUUUGUCCGUCUUAGUUUUGUUGUUAUUUGCACGCCUUUUCCCACUUCCUCUUCUAGUCAUCAUGGUGAUAUUAGUUUGUAGGUUGUGGAAAUACAGGUAUAACCCACUCUGAGUUGGGUACACCACCAAUCUGUGUUCAUUUGGGCAAUUUAUUACUUAGGUGGAGUUGCUAUUUAUUUUGUAUGAAAUUCAUUAAUUGAUAUAUGCAGAAUAUUUUUUUUUUC